CUCUCUCUCUCUCUCUCCCUGAAAAUUUGUCAGUAAAAUGGCAAGAGCUGUGUUUGGUAUUGCUGUUCGUAGAGCUUCUUCGAUUCUCAAAUCGUCACCUUCCAAACCUCUCUUCCUAAGGUCAGGUUUUCCAACCCAAGAACCAAUUUUCUUUCCACCCGAACACUUGCCUCUGCCAAAACCACCAAACUCAUCAUGGGUUUUCAGAAACUUGAGCCAUGGAACGGUGAAUUUGGUUAUAUCACAAGGGAAACCCAAGUUCGAGAUGCACGAGAUCGAUCCUCCGAAAAAGGAGAAGUGGAAGACCAAGAAGAGGUUUAAGCUACAGAGAAUGAGAGAGAAGCAGGAGAGAAAAGCGGCCAAUAGGAAGGACCCACGUCGGCUCGGCAUCAAGAGGAAGAAAAGGCAGAAGUUUGCCACUGCUGAGGAGAGGAUCAAGUACAAGCUUGAAAAGGCUAGAAUAAAGGAAGCUUUGCUGAUUGAAAGACUUAAGAGGUAUGAAGUUCCAAAAGUUCAGGGUCCUGAAGUAAAACCAGAUGACUUGACAGGUGAGGAGCGGUUUUAUAUGAAGAAAAUGGCCCAAAAGAAGUCUAAUUAUGCACCAAUUGGCAAACGAGGAAUUUUCGGAGGUGUUAUUCUUAACAUGCAUAUGCAUUGGAAGAAACAUGAAACCGUCAAGGUGAUUUGCAAGCCGUGUAAACCUGGACAAGUACAUGAAUAUGCCCAGGAAAUUGCCAGACUGAGUGGUGGGAUCCCAAUUCAAAUAGUUGGAGAUGACACCAUAGUAUUUUAUCGAGGAAAGAACUAUGUGCAGCCAAAAGUUAUGUCACCUGUAAAUACUUUGUCCAAGAAAAAGGCACUGGAAAAGUUUAAGUACGAGCAAUCUCUCGAGUCUGUGCGGCACUUCAUUGCUAUUGCAGAGAAAGAAUUGGAGCUCUACUACAGGCAUAUUGCACUUUACGGUGACCCAAAUGACAGAAAUCCCUUGUCAAUCUUGGAUAGUCCAACAGAAGAGACCAAGGAAUCAGGGAACCUUAAAAUACUUGGAAAGCAAAAACUAGAUUCCACUAGUGAUUUCUUUUCCGCGGCUCUCUCAGGGACAGAAGCAGAUUCUUCAAACUCUGAGCUAUCAGAAACUGAUGGUUCUGAACAUGACAACUUAUCACUAAGUGAAUCAGAUUCUGAAGAUGACAAGAUAUAUAGUUCUGAUGAUGAAGCAAGCACCUCGAAGACGCAACUGUUUGAUUUUAAGCAUGGGAGAUUGGAACGUAGACGAGAAAAUUUGAUAUGAAUCUUUAUUUUAUCCUUUUUAUUUUAUUUUCUCCUCAUCUUUGGAGCACUAAGGUAAGGUACCUGGUACCCUUUGGCUUGUCCUCUUCCUCUUUUGUAUAUAUUGAAAGAUAAAGAUGUAUAAUGAAAGACUUUUUCUUAUUUUUCUUAUUAUUUUUUUCA